AUGCAUUUCUUGACUAUAUAUCCCGACUGCAGCAGCAGAGUUGUCAGAGCUCUGAGCCCCACACAGAGGAAGAACGCUCUUGGACUUCGCGGUUUAAGAAGUCAGGAUUUGGGACGCAUUUGCCAGCCUUAGGUAAGUUUCUCCCCAGAUCCUGGCUGUGUGAGCCGUGCUUCAAUGCUGAAGAUGGACCCUCUGAACAGCACGCACCCCAGCACCGAAGCCCCUGGCAGCCCCCUGCAAUCCCACGCUCCCAGCAGCGGCGGCAACGGUAACGAAUACUUCUACAUCCUGGUGGUCAUGUCCUUCUAUGGCAUUUUCUUGAUCGGAAUCAUGCUGGGCUACAUGAAAUCCAAGAGGCGGGAGAAGAAGUCCAGCCUCUUGCUCUUGUACAAAGACGAGGAGAGACUCUGGGGGGAGGCCAUGAAGCCGCUGCCGGUGGUCUCGGGCCUGAGGUCGGUGCAAGUGCCCAUGAUGUUCAACAUGCUGCAGGAGAGCAUGGCGCCUGCCUUGUCUUGCACCCUCUGCUCUAUGGAAGGGGACAGCGUGAGCUCUGAGUCCUCCUCGCCGGAUGUGCACCUCACCAUCCAGGAGGAGGGGGCUGAUGAUGAGCUGGGGGAGACUUCCGAGACGCCCCUGAACGAAAGCAGUGAAGGGUCCUCGGAGAACAUUCAUCAGAAUUCCUAG